GAACCAAGCGGCGAUCGAUCGAAACGAGGCGUCGCGUGGCAGCCGGAGAUGUCGCAGAAGAGGCAGCCGGAGGAGGGCGACGUCCCGCGGCGCGCCGCCGAUGCCGGCGGCGGCGGCGGAGGAGACGAGCCCGGUGGGAGCUCGUCGCGCUCCUCUCUGCCCCAGCGCCACGGCGAGCCGAAGCGGCAGAGGAUCGCCCUUCGCGAUGUGAUCACGGAGGUGAUGCGGAACACCAGCAUCGAGAAGUUUCUAAUCGCGCUCGAGCCCCUCAUCAGGAGAGUGGUAAAAGAAGAAAUUGAGUCGGCUUUUGCAAACCAUGCCUCUAUGAUGGCAAGGAGUGUCACAGACAGUGUUCCAUCUGUGUCAAAGAAUUUGCAGCUGCAGUUCAUGACCAGACUUUCUCUUCCAAUAUUUACUGGAUCCAAGAUUGAAGGAGAGGGCUCCUUAAGUAUAACUAUUGCUCUAGUCGACGCUUUGACAAGACAAAUUGUAGCACCAGGCAAAGAGUUCCAGAUAAAGGUCGAGAUUGUAGUUCUGGAGGGGGAUUUUGAAAGUGGAGAAGAUGAUGACUGGACAGCUCAGGAGUUUAACAAUAACAUUGUUAAAGAAAGAGAAGGCAAAAGGCCCUUGAUUUCUGGGGAUGCAUUCAUUGCCCUCGUCGAUGGCAUUGGAACAGUAGGGGAACUUUCAUUCACAGAUAACUCCAGCUGGACACGGAGCCGAAAGUUCAGGCUAGGAGCAAGAACAGAGGAUGGUUCUUUCAAUGGUGUAAGAGUACGGGAAGCAAAAACUGAAUCAUUUGUGGUUAAGGACCAUCGAGGAGAAUUGUACAAGAAGCACCACCCACCAUUUCUUGAAGAUGAAGUCUGGCGCCUAGAGAAAAUUGGCAAGGAAGGUGCUUUUCACAAGCGUUUGAAUAGGGAGAACAUUUGCACUGUCAAAGAUUUUCUCACCUUGUUAAAUCUUGAUGCUUCUAGGCUUCGAAAGAUAUUAGGUGGUGGCAUGUCAACAAAGAUGUGGGAGGCCACUGUGGAACAUGCAAAAACAUGUGUUCUAACUGACAAAGUGCAUCACUACUAUCCUGAUGGUCUAAACAAAGCUGGUGUUGUAUUCAAUGUAGUUGGAGAAGUAAGAGGGUUAAUAUCUGAUAAAUAUGUUUUUGUUGAUGACUUUACUGAAAAGGAGAAGGCCGAAGCACGUGCAGCAGUGAAGCAAGCAUAUGAACACUGGAAGGAUGUCCAUACUUGUGACAAUGAAACGCUUGUGGAAAACCCUUCACAUCCAUUCAAUUUGGGAUCUCCAUCUUUGCAUGAAAAUCAGUAUAACCAGUUGCCCACACAAGUUUCUACUGAUGGUUUUAGUUUGAGCAAUUCGGCCAUACUAUCACCCAACAUUUUCUCAAUGGAGCCAUCGAGUGCUUUAGACCCUUGUAGUAUAUUGGAGACUGAAGAAAGCAGUGCUAAUCAAUUUCAGUCGGUGUUGCCCCCAGUUGGUGGCCAUGAAGUGCCCCGAGAACCUCAGACGCUGGAUAAGUUCUCCAACUCGUUGGUAUAUGAUGACUGCAGCGCCCAUCCCUCAUUCAGUGAAAGCUAUUACAGCACUGUAGAUCCAAGCAUGUCCUUCGACACACAAGAUCUUGGAGCUGCACUGAAAGGCUUCAUUGCAACCAUAUCGAAGCCUAAGGCGGCAUAUAGAGGAUGGAGAACAUUGUCUUAUGUGCUAGGAUGGAUUUUCUAUACCAAGAGAAUUGUUGCAAGGAGAAAGAAACAUGGGAAAUAAGUGAACACAAGUCUUUGUGUAGUUAAAUGCGAAUAUAAGCUUAGAGAAUGAGAGAUUAUGUACAUUAGUUUGUUUCUUGUCACAGCUGGUAAGCUCUGCUGGUUUCUUCAGCUGUACAUGGGCUGUCAGCUAUGGUUCGCUAUGCGGCUGUAAAUAAUCAAAUGAAGUUUGUACAGGGUGAGGGAUGCGCAUAGCAUUUCUGAUGUUUUGGAUGGAUGCCGGAGCUUGCUUUUUGAUGCGGCCCGUGUAUUAUCUAUGUAGUAGUAUGCAGUAUGCUGCUUAAUUCUGCAGUAUUUUCGACAUUUGGAAUCUAUAUGUCGCAUGGUAACAAGUUUAAUUCUGCUUAUUUUCGUACACAGAUAAUACUGCAGAAUUACCAUGCCGCAAACUGAUUUUUAUGUAGACAGUAAUGUGUUUAUGGAUAUGGUUGACACUU